AUGGCGGCAGUCGCUCCAGUCGAGGAAGGCACCGGCCCUCCUCCCGCACCUUCCACUCAGACUGUCCCCACUCCUCCCCGGGAGCGCACUCCUGGCAAGUACUUCGCCUGGGUCAACAAAAAUGUCCUCGGCCUUCUCGCAGUUUGGUCCAACAAGUCUCUCGACGAGUCCACCCCCCGUGUGGUCCAGAAGAAGCAGGAGUUCGCAGACUAUCUCAACUACGUCGAGGACUGCAAACAAGCCUACCCGAAUGUCCUCCCCCGCGAGCUCGGCUCCAUCGACACGGCCCAUCAGCGUCUGACUAGUGGUCUGAAGAUUGUAUGCGAUCCUGAGAAGUCUAUUCAGCAACGCUACUUCUCUGAUGAGGAUAAGCGUCACGCCCAGGAUCUCUAUGAUUGGGCCCAGAGGGCGGAUGCGCUUGCCCUGACUCCGCCGGCCAGCGACAACGAGAACACAGCCGUAGCCACUACUCGUCACCCUCGCAUGGGAACUUACAAUGUGGACAGUGACGGCAAAUACCCCAUCCGCAAGCCUGCUCCCGCCCACCCAGUCUGGGGCCGAAGAGGCAUCAUGCACGGUGUCGCACUCACUGGCAUGAAAGGCAAGACUCAGUGUCUCAACCCGGACUACUUGGGCGAGAAGCGCGAAGCUGCGGUUAUCGGCCAUAACGGCCUCACCGUCGGCGACUGGUUCGCCUCCCAGAUUCGCGCCCUGUUCGUCGGCGCCCACGGCUCCUCCGAGGCCGGUAUCCACGGCCGCAAGGACCAAGGCGCCUACUCUGUUAUUGUCAGCGGAACCUACGAUGAGAUUGACGUCGACAACGGAGACGUCCUGUACUACUCCGGCUCUCGGUCUCUCGAGCACAAGAACCCAACUCAAUGCCCCCCUCGUUCCAACGGAACCACUGCUCUUCACGUUUCACAGAUGAACGGCAGACCCGUUCGCGUUCUCCGCAAGGCCUCCUCCGACAAGAAGAAGUUUUCCGUCUGGGCUCCUCUCUGCGGCAUGCGCUACGACGGCCUCUAUCGCGUCACUUGGUCUGGAACCAAGAAGAACACGCACAAUGGGCUUUUCGAGCAGUUCAAGCUUGUUCGCCUUCCCAACCAGACCCCGUUGGAGGACCUGCGCGAGAUCCCCAGCAUCGCCCAGCGCAACGACUACGCCAGGGUCUCAGAGUACUUCUGA